CUUUCGCCUGUCCGUCGUUCCUUCGUCCAUUUGUCUGUCCGUUCGUACGCUUAAAACCAACGCAGUUAGUUGCUUUGCCGUCUCUAGCCAAGGGGAAUACGCAGGCUAACAGUCAGCCAGCCAGUAGUUAGUGAAAAGAUGCUUUACACUGCAGAUACUCGACUCGAACUGCGGCCUUUGCGAAUUUAGUAUUCAGUUUGACAUUUUUGCUUGGUGCAGCAACACUACAAAAACGGAAGCGCCUCAUACAUAUUUUAGAUUGCAAGGAAUAAAUAUGUAGCACAAGAAAUACCUGUAACAGAAAAGAGUGUUGUAAAUAAGCUAUUCAGCGGACUCGCAUUUUCGGAAUCGUUAAAAAUUUGCAAUUUAACAUUCGUAAAAUACUAAAUUUUUGUAUCAGUUGCUGUGGAGAGAGUGGAGUGAAAACGUAUAGUUUUUCAAAUAGUAAAACGCAAAAUCCAAGUUGAAACCAAAGACCAGCAGAUUGUGGUGUGGUGUGGAAUCUUCUCUAGCGAAGAAGCGAACGUUUGCCGCGCAGGGGCGUGUUGGGCGCUUAGCUGUCUCGAAAGCAUACAUAUUUAACUGUACCUUGCGGAGUGCAACGCAGCAUAAUCUAUAAUCUACAUAUAGCUUCAAGUGCAAAAGAAAAGUGCAAUUUGUGGUUCAAAGCAAAAGAACUGUGGAAAAUUGGGUUCGAUCGAACACUCGCCUUGGAAGAUCAUUCGGUUGAAUGGUGUCGGAAGCGCACUGCAGAGCAGCAAGUAUUUUUUGAAGCUGUGUGGAGCAAUAGAAGGCUUCUUCAGUAUUUUUUUUUUUUUUUAGAUUUUUAUUGCUUUAAAAUAUAACAACUCAGGAUCUUGUUAGUUUUUUUUCUUGUUUUUAAUUAUUGUUCAUGCUUGAGGGAUACUACAAGCGAUUUGUUAAACUUUAAAAGUCCAUAGCUCAGUUAAUACAUCUACGUACAUAUACAUACAAUACAUAAGUCAACUCAGGAUUCCACAGAGGUUUAUUUAAUUGAAACACAAAUAAAUACUAAAUACAUAUAAAAUAAUAGUAUACACUAAGAAAGUAAGAUUUUCCAAAAAGUCAAACUCAAGGAAAGUACAACAACCUAAGAACGCAUAAGAAGCAGCAACAAAUCAAUUUGAGAACGUUACUGAGCAAAAAAAAAACAAAAACAAUAAAACAAUACCAUUAACUACUUUACGCCUACAAGUAGACACAAUUUUAUAUCAACCCAGCAACAAAACAAUAAGAGCAUACCCAUAAGAGUGAAACAAAAUAAACGGCGACGCUUUUACAGCAGCGCCAUUGGAAUAGAAUCGUCAACGCCAACACCAAAAUCUCAAACAACAACAGAAACAAGGCCAGCCACCAAAAUGGACGAGACACAGCAUUUUUGUUUGCGUUGGAACAACUACCAAAGUAGCAUAACAUCGGCGUUCGAGAAUUUGCGUGACGAUGAGGAUUUCGUCGAUGUGACAUUGGCGUGCGAGGGACGCAGCAUCAAAGCGCAUCGCGUCGUAUUGUCGGCGUGCAGUCCAUAUUUUCGUGAUUUAUUGAAGAGCACACCUUGCAAACAUCCAGUGAUUCUCCUGCAGGAUGUCAAUUUUCUCGAUCUGCACUCGCUGGUUGAAUUUAUCUAUCACGGCGAGGUGAAUGUGCAUCAAAAAUCCUUGCAGUCCUUCCUUAAAACGGCAGAGGUACUUCGGGUCUCUGGUCUCACACAGCAACAGGCCGAGGAAACUCAUAGUCAAUUAGCUCAUAUACAAAAUUUGGCGAAUGCCGCCAACGCUACACGCACGCCCCACAACGCACACCACAUUGCCCCCCACGAUGAGCCGGCGUUAUAUUCGCGCAGCAGUGGCUCACCUCCACCACCCCCACCCACACAACAGCUGCCAUUGGCCUCCACACACAUCAACAGUCAGCUGUUUAAGCGCAGCAUGGCUAUGCUCAGACGCGAACGUCACAAUUCCACACCAUCGGCUGAGGACUCGAAUAAUGCUAUGAAACGUUUACGUGGACCCGAUAACGGUUUGCCGUCGAGCAGUAAUAACAGCCCGGAAAUUGUCCAUCCACGCAGUUCGUCACCACAAUUGACACCGGCCGAUUUCUCAACCAUCAAGCACAACAAUAACAACACACCGCCUCUUAAGGAUGAGAAACGUAAUGGACCCUCCGGCAAUGGUAAUAAUGGCAAUAGCGACACUGGCAAUGGUAAUGGAAACGCCAAUAGCGACAAAGUAGGCGGCAGCUUAACAGCCUCACCGCUGACACGCACUGCUGACGACGUCAAAUCGGAACCCAUGGAACUGGUCUGCUCCAAUAACAAUCCGACAGCAGUCGAUGAGCACAGCAAUGAUUCUACUGGUGAACAUGAGGCGAAUCGGUCCAUUAGCGGCGAAGGCGGCAAAGGUUCUUUGAGUUCGGGAAACGAUGAGGAAAUCGAUAACAAUAUGCAACAACAUCCACCGCCACCAUAUCUGAUGUCACCGGCAGAGAGCAAGUUAUUUCCGCCAGGCCCCUUCAAUUUCCCCAUGAGCGGUUUAGAUCCUGCUGCGUUAGCUGGUUUUAACUCGCAACUGCAGUCUGCUGCCGAAUUAUCAGUUUCUCCGCAAG